CAGUGCUGGUCGUCAUCCUCAUGUACAGGAGGAAGAGUAAACAGGCACUAAGAGACUAUAAGAAGGUUUUACUGCAGCUGGAGACUCUGGAGAUAAACGUGGGAGACCAGUGUCGCAAGGAGUUCACCGACCUAAUGACGGAGAUGAUGGACCUGAGCAGUGACGUGGGGGGACCAGGACUCCCCCUGCUGGACUACAGGACCUACGCAGAGCGAGUCUUCUUCCCCGGACAGCAGGUGGCGCCACUGAGCCGCCAGCUGGACCUGCCAGAGUCGCGGCGGCAGACGGUGGAGCAGGGCCUGCAGCAGCUCAACAACCUGCUGUCCGGGGAAGAAGACGCGUUCGGUGAUGUCGCCGUGGCCUCCUGACCUGCAGGUGACGUGUGUUGUGUAUCUGUGUCUCAGUUCAUCCACACGCUGGAGGCCCAGCAGGGCUUCUCUCAGAGGGACCGCGGCUACGUGGCCAGCCUGCUCACCAUGGCACUGCACGACAAGCUAGAGUACUUCACUGAAGUCAUGAAGAGUCUGCUCCAGGACCUGGUCCAGCAGUAUGUCGCCAAAAACCCCAAACUCAUGCUGCGCCGGACAGAGACAGUUGUAGAGAAGAUGUUGACCAACUGGAUGUCCAUUUGUCUCUACUCCUUCCUCAAGGAGGUGGCAGGGGAGCCUCUCUACAUGCUCUACAGAGCCAUCAAGUAUCAGGUGGACAAAGGACCUGUGGACAUGGUGACGGGGAAAGCCAAACGGACACUGAACGACAGCCACCUGCUGCGAGAGGACGUCGACUACUGUGCUAUGACUCUGACAGUGUUGGUGAAGAAUGGAGUUGAAGUUCAGCCCUGUCCUGUUAAAGUGCUCGACACAGACACCAUCACACAGGUGAAGGAUAAGAUCCUGGAUCAGGUGUACAGAGGAGCUCCGUUCUCUCAGAGACCAGCAGCAGACAGCCUGGACCUCGAGUGGCGGUCGGGUCAGGCGGGUCACCUGACCCUGUCAGAUGAUGAUGUCACAGCGGUGGUCCAGGGUCGCUGGAAAAGACUCAACACUCUGCAACACUACAAGGUUCCAGACGGAGCAACAGUUGCUCUGAUUCCUCGUUCUCAGAGUUCUGGUGGUGUCGGAGUCAACCAGGUGUUCCAGACUGGAGAGAAAACGCCGAUGCUGGAGGGCGAGGAGGAGGAGGGUCUGCGUCUGUGGCACCUGGUGAAGAGCAGCGAAGAUCCAGAGAUCCCAAAACACCGAAAGAGCAGCAUGAGAGAGAGAGAACGAGCCAAGGCCAUACCUGAGAUUUACCUGACCAGACUGCUGUCCAUGAAGGUAACACACCUUCCUGAGCUACAUCUGAACACACACCUGAACUACACCUGAACUACACCUGAACUGUACCUGA